CAUCCAAAACUGAUUAGUAGUGGAAUCCGUUUCUGCCAUCUCCGUAACGGUCACCUCCCCUGUUCCCUCUUAAACCCCCCUUUGUUUUCUCUCUCUAAAGCCCCCAAUCUCCAAAUCUCCAAAUCUCCAAAUCUCUCUCUCUCUCCUCCCGAUCUCCCCGUCAAAAAAUGGCCAAUAAUUUUGCGCUCUUUCUUCUCAUUCUUCUGAUUCUCGGCAGCAGCGCGGCGGAGUCCCGGCAGCCAUCCACCAGGAACCAAAGCGGCGCGACGGAUCUCUGGUGCGUGGCCAAGAACAACGCCGACGACGCUUCUCUGCAAUCCGCCCUCGACUGGGCCUGCGGCGCCGGCGGUGCCGACUGUUCACCAAUCCAGCCCGGUGGCGCAUGCUACGACGCAUCCAACGUCCAGAACAUGGCCUCCUUCGCCUUCAACGACUACUUCCGUAAGCACGGCAUGACCGACGACAGUUGCUUCUUCCAAAACGCCGCUGCUAUCACCUCCUUAAACCCUAGCUACGGAAGUUGCAGAAUCCCAGCUAGUUCGUUGAGAAAUGGGAACUUUCCAAGCCAGACACCAUCGGUAGGGCUGGGGCCGAGUGAAGACAUAAGCGGGUCGGGUCGGAAAUCGGGCCGGUCAUGGGUUUGGCCAAUGGUAAUCGGGUAUUUGUUUUUUAGAAUUGUGUUUCAAUCUCAAAUAGGAAGCCCUAGUUUUUUUAUUUGAAUUUUGAUUUUUUAUUAAGCAAAUAUUGGUAAUUAG